AUGGCUGGGUGCUCUCUCGUGCCGGACCCGCACAUAGACCGGCAGGAAGGGCAGUCGAGGCGCAGCGCCUCUCCGUCCUGCGGAGCUCGCAGUUUUCGUCGCGACAGAGGCAGCCAGCGAGGGGGGAACGGGUCAUGCGUUUUGCGUGCAGAUCGGAAACCGCCGCGAUUUUCGGCCGCCGCAAGCCAAGUCUCAGACGAAAAGGAGGACGUUUUUCUCGUCUCGCUCCUGCCCUUCUUCUUGCAGACGGUCGUUUCGUCGCGCCUCUUUCCCUCUCGCAGCCUCGCGGCGUUCACGCCCCUCAGUGUGUCUCUCUCUGAACACACCGUUGACCCGCAGCCGGCGCCUCGCGGGUCUCUGCCGCUCUUCCCCUUUUCUUCCUCGUUCCCCGCUGCCUUCUCUCCCCUCUCAGCUCUCGCCGCUCCCCUUCUAUCCCCCUCGGAUUCUCCACGCGAGCAGUCCCGGCUGCUUCGUUCAGCUGUCUCGCCACGCGUGGCAGCUUCUGGACCGGCGCGUCUGCAAGCAGAGCCUGCGAAGGUGGAAGACUUGCAGGCAGACGAGGAGGUAGAGAACGAAUCGCCUUCUGGGAAGGCUGCGAAUGAAGAGGCGUUAGAAGCCCUCACUGCCCUCGCGCAGCGCCUCGUCCGCGCGCUUCUGCUUCCCCUUGGAUACUGCGAGGAGCAACUGUCGCUGGAAGGCCCGCGAGUUGCAGCACGCGCAGCCGUCUGCGGUGUCUUGACAGCAGCCUGCUCGGCAGCCCACACUGCAGCGACGCGAGCCGUCGAAACGCGCGAAAGGCUAUCCGACUUGGCGGGCUACUACACGUCUCCCGGCGCCGCCUUCUCGCCCCCUGACUUCUCCACAGCUUGCGCCGCUGCGCUCUCUGCAUUCGUUGCUGCGCUUCGACAUCUACGGGGAGAUGACGAAAAGGACGCACAAGACUCUUCUGUCGACGCCGAGCGUGGGACGACGUCCUUGUGUCCGACGCGCGCGAGAAGACCGAGGUUAGGAUCUCAGCAGCAGAGCGUGGACGAGCGCGGCGAAGAAGGCGCGGACUUGCUCUCUCCGCCCCGCAGAAGAAGACGCGUCGAACUCUCGCCUUUCUCUUCCCUGUCACCGUUUUCGUCUCCUCCGGGCCUCGCUCGUCGAGAAGCAGAACGCGACGACUCGCUGCAUGCGCAUCCGGGCGAGGCGCCGGCGCCUGUGUCUUUUCCGUCCUUUCGGCCACCGCGCUUCUUGUCUGUCGCCCUCGGCGUCUCCUUCCGAUCUGGCUUCUGCGCGACGUCGGAGACACCCGAGGACUCCCGCAGACGCGCGAAACGCAGAAGGGACUCCGUCUCUCCGUCCCCGUCGCCUCCCGUCUGGUUUUCUUCCCCUUCGACGCCGACAGGUGCGGCGCGGGAAGAGACAGGGCGAGGCGGAGGCGGAGAGUUUAAAGGAGCAGACAGAAGCGGAGAGCAGGCAGUUGCCCUCGAGGACCGCCUUUUUAUCGCGCGAGAAGUCUCCAGACGCCGGGCUGCAGUGGCGGCGGUGCUUCUGAGUCACCAGCGCGAAGGAAGGGAACCCUGUGUGGGAGCUGCGCAGGCGCGUGCGAAGGAAGUUGGUGAAGAGCGCAGGGGGAGGGGAAACCAAAUCUCAGAGCCAAAGAGAGGCGAGACAGCCAACCCUACAGCGCACCUUCGUUUCGGUUUAAGCGGGGGCGACAGGGCGGCGAGAGCCGCUUCCGGAUUUGGUUUCGAACGCGUCGAUCAGAUCGUAGAGGGGGACAGUCUUCCGUAUCGGGAUUUGUUCGUGGAGCACGAGGGGAAGACACAAAAGAGAACUGCGUUGUCUGUUUCUGGCGACGCGUGCGCGAAUCCUUUUUCGUUGUCCAGUUCGCGACAACCAACUCCCAUCCUCAGUCGCACGAACAGCGCGACCCAGGCGCAGUUCGCCUGGACGUCUUCCGCAGGCGAGGACAUCGCGAAGCCGGUCUUCAAGACGCUGCCGCUUCACACGCAACUUCCGAGUCGCGACGGGACAUCCUCGUCAUCUCUCCUCUCCACGCCUCGUUCCCGCGUCGAGCUCAACAGCUCUUCUGUCUCGUCGAAAUCCUCUUCCUCGCGACUUCGGUCCGGUUCUCUUUCCUCGGGUGCCUGUGCUUCUGGGACCGCGCGCGAGCAUUCUGCAGGGGAAUUGCCUUUUCGCUCGUCGUCCUUUGCGUCUUCAGAGGAAGCGUCGCCGUCGCGCAGUGGUAGUCCAGACGGCGGCGCUGUGCUGACCUGCGGCCGCGCUCCUGCGUGUAUCCAUACGCCUCUGUGGACGUCAGACCAGGUGCGUUCGCUGUCGCCGAGCGGCCGGAGGACGCGAGAGAGCGACGAGGGCAGGAACACGGGAGAGGCGCGAGACGAGCCCCUAGAAGAAGAGGAAGACGGCGCGUUUUCGUCGCCUUCCGAGGCGUCUCUUCCGCCUCCUCUGCCUGCGGGCCGUUCGUUUUUCUCAGGCUUACUCGCCCGCGCCUUUAGCUUAAAGAAGGAUAUUCUCUACGGAGUCGAGCAGCGAGCGCGAAGUGGGUUUUUCUCCUCCGCGGCUUCUCUCUCGGAGUCUCCGGAGGCCCGCGCCCCUCAAAUCGGCCUCUCAGGGCGCCUCUCUCCGCGCUUCGCCACUUCAAGUGAGGAGAACCCCAACGCGGGUGAGCACUCGUCCGGCGCGUUUCCUCGUCCUCGCUCCGAUCGUCACGUCUCGUGUUCUCCCUUCUCUGCCUUCCUGCACCACAAACACGCCUCGCCGUUGCACAGCUCCUCUUCGCCCGCGCUCUCUUUCCCUCACUUAUCUGCGCCUCGCGUGGUCCCGGCUUCGGAACGUCGCGCCGCCCGCUCUGCGCAAAACGGCGAGGACGACGAAGAAGAGAGGAGCGACCUGUUGGGGCCGGAAGAAUCCCGAGAAGACUCCGGCGCAGUGUGCUGCCGUGCAGGCGACAGACGCGACGACGGCGGCUUUUCGGGGUAUCAAGCGUACCUGGACUGGCAUGAAGACAAGUGGGACGAGAGAGUGUUUGACAGAGUCGAAGAUCGUGGUCCCUCGCUCUGGAGUGUCUCUUCCACUUUUUGGGCUGUCUCUGGGUGCGGAACGAUGAGUCCGAAGAAGGCGGGAAAGCACAUCGGGCGCGGGUCUACGCCUUCUCGACGGCGCGGGGGUAGGGGCAAGUCUGCCAAGGGCCAGCGGCGCACAAAGGUCCAGACUCGGCGGGCGAACGUGACGGCGGCUUCUUUCCUGGAGCGUUCUCGCCAGGAGAUGAUGCGCUACAAUCUGGCACCGAAGAAGGCGAAGAAGAGCGCGUCCGUGAAGCAUGCGCGGGGAAAGAAGCCGCGAGCGAACGGCGCAAACGGCGUCGCUUCAGGGGGCAGACCCACGCAUCUGCUGCCUGUGCGCGCCACCGGAACAGACGAGGUGGGGGAACAGGAGCUGUGGGCGAGUCUUCGGGCGUUCGACGAGGAGAAUCGGCGCGUGGAGAGAGAGAGGGAAGAGCGGAGGCGAAAGAAGAUGGGCGGACAGGCAGCCGACGGGCGAGAGACGGCUGAGACUGGGGCGGCAAAGGCGGAGACGGCGGAAGAACGCCGCGCAGGCAAAGAAGCCGCGCAGGGAGGGAGGGAACCAGAAGGGAAGAAAGUGACGGAGAGAGACUGGUCGCAACUGACGAGGAACGAAAGAAGGAAGUUGCGACUCCGAAAGGAACAGCUGGCUGCACAGAGCAGACGCCAGGCGAGCGCGGAGUCCGGCGCGCGAAAAGAGGAGACGCAACCGGAGAGCGAAAGGAAUGGAAGAGCAAAAGUACCGCGGGCAGAGGAGAUCCAACAGAGCGCUUCCGAGGAAAGAACAGACGGCCAGGCAGAGAACGAGAGCAGCCUGGAGCUGGUGAAGACCGCGAAGAGAUAUCGCAGUGAAGUCCUAGACGACGAGGAGACGGUUUGCGAGAAGAAGAGAAGAGCUGAUCCCCCACAGGCUGUCUCAAAAGAAGAAAAGGAGAAGACAAAAGGCGAAAAGAAUCGGUCGGGGCAGUGCCCUAUCAUCCGACGAAAAGGAGAGACUUACGCCGCAUUCACCAAACGCGUCGAUGCAUGGGCCAGGGAGUCUCUUCGCACCAGUUCGCCGUCUGUUCCGGCGCCAACGGAGAGGAAGGCGAGCGCGCGAGAGUCGAGUCGCCGGCGGAGGUCUCCGGCUGAGGAAGCAGGUGCGGCCUCCAAGGCAGAUGAGGAAGAGGAAAGCCGGGCAAAACGGCCAGUCUUUGGAGAGGUUGUCGACCGCCCUCCGGAGCUCAAGCAGUACAAGGACUCGUUUGCACGUUUUAAGGCGAAGGCGCAGAGUUCCUCCGCGCAGUCUUCAGCUCUGUCCCCGGCUUCUCCGCAGCUUGCGAAGGAGGGAACGGCUUCCAGGAAAAACCCCACGACAGAUCAAGACGCGCCGUCUGGGGAACUGUCUCAGGCGUACGUCCAGCAGGUUCGAGCGGCGUACGCGACAGUGAAGGAAAAGAGACAUGAGAAGGCAGGAGAAGCGAAACUGAAGAGAGGGAGAGAGAACAGUGGACAAGACACGUCGUAUACGCGUCCGGGAUGGACGCCCUCUUCUUCUUCGCUCUACGACUCCCAGUGGGUAGGCGUGGGACGCUACAAGCCGUUGGGGAGUGAGCAGGAAUGA